AUGACAAACGAACCCCCAAACCCACCAAUCCCGCACCUCAUCCUGAUUGCCGCCGCCCUCGCUGACACCAACGGCAUAGGCAAAAACAACGACCUACCAUGGCACAUUCCCAGCGAAAUGCGGUACUUUAACGCCGUCACAACGUGGUUGGGACGGAGGGUGGGCAACGCCUACCCCGAUAAGACUCAGGGAGAUACGCAUGUGGAGGAUGGGCAGAAACCGCUGAACGCGGUGAUUAUGGGACGCAGGACAUGGGAUUCGAUGCCGGAUGGGUUCAGGCCGCUGAAGGGGAGGGUGAACGUCGUUCUGACGGGGAGUGAGGACGUGAGGGUGGAGGUGUGCAGCCGAAGCACCCCAGAAACCCCCACCCUCGCCUUCCCGACCCUUCCAGAAGCCCUCACCUACCUCACCACCACCACCCGCCCCACCAACACCUUCAUCAUCGGCGGCUCGCACAUCUACAUCCUAGCCCUCGCCCACCCCUCCUGCUCGCACGUCCUAUUAACGCGUGUGAAGGCGCCGGCUCCCAUCGAGUGCGAUACGUUCUUCCCGGAGGUGGAUAUGGCGGUGUUUAGGAAGGCAAGGGAGGAGGAGUUGAGGGAGGUGGUGGGGCCGAUGGUGCCGGUGGGCGUGCAGAGGGAGAGAGGGUUGGAGUAUGAGUUUGGCAUGUUCGUGAGGAGGUAG